AUGAUGAGUUGGUUGGGCGGUGGAGAUUUAGAGUGGAAUGUUUCCGUGCUUCUUCCAUGGGUUCUUCAACUUCUUGCUCUCGAGCAUGUUCAAGUCCUCGCACACCUUCUUUCUGGUCUCCGAUGGGACAAUGAUGUCGUCAACGAAUCCUCUGACAGCAGCUGGGAAGGGGUUGCUGAACAACUCGGUGUACUCCUCCUCGUGUUGGACGGCGUGCUCCUUAUCGUUACGGAAAAGGAUGGAGACAGCUCCCUUGGCUCCCAUGACAGCAACCUCAGCAAAUCCGGGAACGUCGACCAAAGUGAUGAGUGGAAUGUUGAAGGCAUCACAGAAGCGAACGAAGCGAGCUCCCUUCACAGACGAGUUGAUGUCGAGACAUCCAGCAGCAAACUUCGGGUUGUUUCCAACGAUUCCGACGGUACGUCCGUUCAUUCUUGCGAAACCAAUGACCAAAUUCUUGGCGUAGUCUGGCAUGAUUUCGAAGAAGUCUCCCUCAUCGACAAGAGCGUGGACGACGUCUUUCAUGUUGUAGGCAGCAGUAGAUUCCAAUGGAACAACAGUGUCCAAGGAUGGGACAGUUCUAUCCCAUGGGUCCUCAGCAGCACGGAUUGGAGCAGCGUCAGUGUUGGAAAGUGGAAGAUAGUUGAAGAGCUCUCUGAGGCUCAUGAGUGCAUCGACGUCGUUGUCGAAUGCUCCGUGAGCAACUCCAGAGGUGACAGUGUGAGUCUUGGCUCCUCCGAGCUCUUCCUGAGUGACUUCUUCGUUGGUGACGGCCUUGACAACAUCCGGUCCAGUGAUGAACAAGUAGCUGGUGUCGCGAACCAUGAAAGUGAAGUCAGUGAGAGCAGGCGAGUAGACGGCACCUCCGGCACAUGGUCCCAUGAUCAUAGAGAUUUGUGGGACAACUCCCGAAGCGAGAACGUUCUCUUGGAAGAUGUCGGCAUAUCCGGCAAGAGACUCAACUCCCUCUUGAAUACGGGCACCACCAGAGUCGUUGAGUCCGAUGACUGGAGCCCCGACGAGCAUAGCCUCUCUCAUGAUUUUGACGAUCUUCUUGGCAUGAAUUGA